UCAAACUCACCCACCAAUCCCUCUCUAUCUCCGCCACUCCCAAGCCUCUCUCCGCCGUCGUCGUCGCCGCCACCAAGAAAGCCGUCGCCGUCCUCAAAGGCACCUCCAAUGUCGAAGGCGUUGUAACCCUCACUCAAGAUGACAAUGGUCCAACUACUGUGAAUGUUCGUGUUACAGGACUCACUCCGGGACUUCAUGGAUUCCAUCUACACGAAUUUGGAGAUACAACAAAUGGGUGUAUGUCAACAGGAGCACACUUUAAUCCUAAUGGUAUGACACACGGUGCUCCUGAAGAUAAAAUCCGUCAUGCGGGUGACCUGGGAAACAUAGUUGCUAAUGCUGAUGGGGUGGCAGAGGCAACAAUAGUGGAUAACCAGAUACCACUUACUGGACCUAAUGCUGUCAUCGGCAGGGCCCUCGUGGUUCAUGAGCUUGAGGAUGACCUUGGAAAGGGUGGUCACGAACUUAGCCUUUCCACUGGCAAUGCAGGGGGACGAUUGGCAUGUGGUGUGGUUGGUUUGACUCCAGUUUAAGGACAGAUCCUUGUUUGGAAUCAAUCCGCUGUGUACUAGUGACUUGCUUGUUUUACUUCCUUUGCAUGCUUAAUAUAGAGCUCAAUGUUAUUGAAAGCCGAGGAUGUACUUUCGUAUUCUGUGAACGGCAAUUGUUAGUGGCAAAGCUUGCAGAAUCAAUCUUGUUUUUGUGUAUUCAGUCUCCAAUAAAUGUGACCUUGGUAUGCAUGGAUGGAGCUGUGCAUGAUGUAGUGGGUUCAAUUAACCUACUGGACUUUGAAUGUUUUUUUUUUUUAAAAGAGUAAUGUACUAUUAUAUAAAA